UAAAUGCACCUAUUUUCCUGCCUUUACUUUUUAACUACUCACUUCACUUGCUCUUCCAAAAAACUAAGUCCGUGAAAUUUAAUUCAACCAGUUCUACCUCUUCAUUCUCUUCCGUAGAUACUGUUCCAGUCUUCUGGCUAAACUACUACUCAUUUUUUCAAUGACGACCAAUUGGUUUUCUUGCAUUCAUAGUUUACUGGUAAAGAGUAAGGAGUUUGUUUUCACUUGGGUUUUCCUUAGAUUUGCUGGUUUUUCUUCUGGGCUCUUGUUGAUGGUGAUAAAGAAUGCUAUUUGGGCUCUUUUUAUGUGCAUUCUUGCUUUAGGAGGAGCGACAGUAGGGAUAAUUACAGGAGCAAUCAAAGGCCAGACAACAGAAACUGGGCUUCUCAGAGGGGCUGCAGUGGGUGCUGUGACCGGAGCUAUUACAACUGUUCAAUUAGUGGAACUUAUAGUUAAUGGAGAGCCAUUUUCCAAGGUUGCACUUGUAUGUAGUCUAGUAAAUGGAAAGGUAUUCAUGGAGUGGGUGAGUCCAGCAGUUCUAAAAGCUUAUCAGUGGCAAGUUAGUACAGUGGAAACAAGUUUGAGGGAAAUAUCUGAUAUCUUUGAUAUUAAUGCAACCAGAGGUUUAUCUCAAGAGGUUAUACAGAAACUGCCAAAGUACAAUUUCUGUUCUGUAAAUACCUGCAGAGAAUUUCAAGAAGUCACUUGUGCAAUUUGCCUGCAGGAUUUCAAAGAUGGGGACUCAGCAAGGUUACUACCAAGUUGUAAACAUUCCUUCCACACACAAUGCAUCGAUGAAUGGUUAAUUCGGCAUGGGAGCUGCCCGAUUUGUAGAGUAGAAAUUUGAUUGUAUGCACUUACUGUGGAGAUAAAAGCAAUCGGAGGAACUGCUUAGGCUAAUACUACUGAAUCCUAAAGGAGAAAAAAUGCUGCAGUUGUUUUUACAAACAACUCGCUUACAAAAUGUAUAUUGUUCAGCCAUCAAAACUUGCAGAUGAAUGGAACUUUUCUUCUGACUUCUGUUAA